AUGUACUUUUAUACGAAAAGCUCUUCUUCCAGAUCGCUCCUCUUCCCCUUUCCUCCAGACACAGGGGCCACUGGCGACCAGCAGUAGCGGACGGCUCUCUGCAGCGUGAACUGGCCGGAGACCGGUUGGGCGACGGGGACGACGAGAGUUGACGGAAUCCUAGGGUUUUUAGGGGACUUAGUUGAAUUGAGAGGUGAUCAAGAAGAAGUGGAGGCAUGGAGCGGAUGGACCGAUGAGCAGAACUGAAAUCAACAGUGACCAGAAACUUAAUUACUAAUUUGCUGGUUUCGUGAGGAGCGAGCUACAAGACGGUAGUAUGGACGCGGAGGGAGGCAACGGGAAGGAAGAGGCCAGGAAGACAGGGCUGGGAGGCCUGCCGCUCCUAGGAGGCUCCCAUGGCAGUGUACGCAGCGUCGGUAGUGACCUACAGCUGAGGCAGAUGCUCGAUUCCCUCAAAUCCUUGAAAACUCCAGCUGUGAUCAACUAUGGUGCCUCAUGGUGCAGUGUUUGUAGUCAGAUUCUUCCACCUUUCUGCAGGUUCAGUAAUGAAUUCAAGAAUUUUACUUUCAUCUAUACUGAUAUUGAUGGAUGCCCUGAAACAACUCAAAACAUACGUUAUACCCCAACCUUCCAUUUUUACCGGGAUGGAGAAAGGGUCGAUGAGAUGCUUGGUGCAGGAGAAGAGCGACUGCAUGAUCGAUUGUGGUUGCAUUCGUGAUAACGUUACAGAAGACUUUGGUUUGAGUGGAUGCUGUUGUUAGAAUUAAUGCUGGAAAGGAACAAAGCAGACUGAUGGGGAAGAUAUGUAGGCGCACAUGUUGAUCUCAAAUUACAUGAAGGUGCUUCAACCAAAUGACAUGAGCUUCUUCAAACAAAUGAAAAGAUAUACACAGACCAUACAUGUUGAUCUCAAAGCAAGACCAGGUUAUGAUGUGAGCAAUCUGAAGUACCACAUCUCGAAUUGUACUCAUCCUUACAUUGUAUGCAGCAGUACUCUUGUUGCCAGCAGCAUGAACAUGGCCUGUUCAUUAUGGCAUUAUAAAUUCACUGCUAUUGGUAGCCAUGCCAUGUUGAAGAUCAUUGGACCGAGGGUGCAGACCGCAGAUUAUCCAGACCACCGCGUACACUACAGCUUGCUCUAAGAAUCAGUCGCAUUGGACCGGGGGUACAUCACAUUCUAUAGGAAUCCAGUCUUGCCCAAAAGGAUCCUCGUUGCAUGAGUAUCUGACAAUAGUCGGUAUGUUAUCCAGUAAGCUAUUGAAAUUUUUCGAUGGUAAGAUCAAUGUGAUACACAAACAUUUCUUUCAUCAACAUAAUUCAAGUCCUAAACAGUACAGAUGUCUAUGUCAUGGAAUGGUGGAGCGUAGAGUUCUUUGAGCAAACGAACAAUGUCGCUUGUAGGGCAACAACGGAACCAGCGUAACCAAAAGGGUGGAUUAUUACUGCUCUCAAUUCUUCUGGCAGUGCAAUAGCCUCGCCAAAAAUACAGCCUGGCGAGCGUGCUGUGCAGGCCAAAGAACAACGGAGGAUUAGUCACCCAAGAUCAUCGAUCUGUUCCCGUUUCGAUUGUCAUGCCGCAACUAUCAGACCGAUUGUGGUAGUUGCACAAUGACGAUCAGAGAGGAACAGAUGAUUAUUUGUGUGAGGAAGUUCAGAGUUGGCUACCACUUCCAAAAAAAAUUCAAAAACUAUGCGAUGUUUGAUUUUGCUAAUAUGUCAACACAUGGCGUGAAUAUAAUAAUGUAUAUUUGGUCUGCAUAUAUCUUCAGAUACAUUGUUUGGGGGA